AGGACCCGGCCCACGAAGGCGAAAUGGCGAAAAGGCCCAGGGAGGGGCAGCCCUCAGGGGCGGGGGCUCAGCUUCACCCCAUACCCCCCCAGGAGGGGUGACACCCCCUUUCCUGAGGGGAAAGAAGAAGAAGAAAAAGAAAAAGGAGAAGGAGGAGGAGGAUGGAGCGAUGGCCCGGCGGCCGGCCCCUCACGCCGGCUGCCAUCACACAAACUGCCCUCAGCGCACAACCCCUCCGUCCGGCUUUGCUGCCGCUGCCCUCCGUGACGUGAUUGCAAAGCUAUAUUAGAAAAACAUUAAUUAUACUGCUGUUUCACGGCACUCCGCCUCCAUCCCGGAAGGGAUUUCCAGCCGAAGGUGGGCGGGCACAGGGAUAACUCGCGGACUGCAGCGGCGGUGCCGCCCUGUCCUGUCCCGCCCUGCCCCGUAAGAUGGCGACGCGGCUGCUCCGCCUGCGCGGCCUCCUGAGGGCCGCCGGCUGCCGGCCCUUCUCCGCCCAGCCCAGUCCUCUGCAGACAGAACAGCAUGGCACAAAGCGCCUGGAGCCUUCUUCUGCUAAAACUUUGACUGACAUAGGCACUCGGAGGAUCUUCUCAUCAGAUCAUGAUAUCUUCAGGGAGAGUGCCAGGAAGUUCUUUCAGGAAGAAGUGCUGCCUUUUCAUGCAGAGUGGGAGAAGGAUGGCCAAGUGAGCAGGGAGCUCUGGGAAAAGGCUGGACAGCAGGGCUUGCUGGGGGUUGCUAUUGCUGAAAAGCAUGGAGGCAUUGGAGCAGAUAUUCUCUCUUCAGCCAUCGUCUGGGAGGAGCAGAUGUAUGUUAACUGUACAGGCCCAGGGUUCAGCCUUCAUUCAGAUAUAGUCAUGCCCUACAUUGCCAACUAUGGCUCUGAAGAACAGAUUAAACACUUCAUCCCCCAGAUGGUUGCAGGCAAGUGCAUUGGAGCUAUUGCCAUGACAGAGCCUGGGGCUGGCAGUGACUUGCAGGGAGUACGGACAUAUGCAAAAAAAGAUGGAAGUGACUGGAUUCUUAAUGGGAGUAAGGUGUUCAUCACCAAUGGUUGGAUGAGCGACGUGGUGAUCGUGGUUGCGGUUACAGACCGGGAGGCCCGAUCCCCUGCUCACGGCAUCAGCCUUUUCCUGGUGGAAAAUGGAACAAAAGGUUUCAUCAAAGGCCGCAAACUCAACAAAAUUGGCCUGAAAGCUCAAGACACAGCAGAGCUGUUUUUUGAAGAUGUGCGGUUGCCAGCCAGUGCCUUGCUUGGAAAAGAGAACAAAGGCUUCUACUAUCUGAUGGCAGAGCUGCCUCAGGAAAGACUGCUCAUUGCUGAUAUGGCUCUUGCUAGCUGUGAAUUCAUGUUUGAAGAGACAAGGAAUUAUGUGAGGCAAAGAAAAGCUUUUGGGAAGACAAUUGCACAUUUGCAGACAGUACAGCACAAGUUGGCAGAAAUAAAGACUCAGAUUUGUGUGGGCCGAGCUUUUAUGGACAACUGUUUGCAGCUGCAUGCAGACAAACGCCUGGACUCUGCCACAGCCUCCAUGGCCAAGUACUGGUGUUCUGAUCUCCAAAACAGCAUUGCUACCCAGUGUGUGCAGAUGCACGGAGGAUGGGGGUACAUGUGGGAGUAUCCAAUUGCAAAAGCUUUUGUGGAUGCCCGUGUUCAGCCAAUCUAUGGUGGUACCAAUGAAAUAAUGAAGGAACUUAUUGCUAGAGACAUUGUCAGUGACAAGUAGGGCAGAUGAUUACUACUUUGCAGAGUCUUGCAGAAUCCUUUUCUAUAUUAAUAUAUGGCGUAAAAUCAGACAUCAGAAUGUAAGUAAAAUAAAUAUGCUGUAUAAUGUUCUUUAAAGGAAGUGCCACUUAAAGCACAUGUUAGUAAUAACAGUGUGCUCACAUGCAGGAUAUCUAAUAUUCAAUGAACUUAAAAUUUAAAUGUCUUUGUACAAUACAGAGUAGUUCUCUAGGUGUCACGAGCUGCAGUAGUGGAAGGGAAUUUUAUCUCUGGAACUCUUGGUCUUUCAGACUUGAACCCAUUGUGUUGAAUCCAAACCUUGUUUUUCAGAAUCAAAUUUCGAGAGAAACCAUAUUCAUAACAAAUAAAAAGAAACAUUAAUGUAACUUUGAAUUUGUAUUUCCCCUUGAGAAGCAGAAAUUGACACUCUUGCUGUUGUUGCCAUACACCUGCUCACUGUGCAGCAGCCACCUGCCGUGCAGCUGACCUCUAUGUUUACAUCUAACCCGCAAUGCCUUAUUUUAAUUACUUUGGUCAAAUAAACAUAAUAAAGCAUUUCUAUGCAAUCUCA